AUGCCUUUCGGAACUCUCCCCGUCAAAGCUGAUGCCAUCCCCCAAUUUGCUCCCCCGUACGCGCCGAUGCCCUAUCAUUACAGCGAUGUAACUUUCCUUAAGAUCUCCUACCGAGUCACACCUGCAAGUAUCAGCCAUCUGGUUCCCGAUGUCCUCGAGCUAGAAGAUGAACCAUUGGUUUCUGCCAUGCUAGUCGACUAUGGCAUGAGCACCUUGGGCCCAUACAAAGAGUACAUUCACUCCGUCGACGUGACCUACAAAGGCAAAGUCUCUAGCUUUUUCCUCCUUGUGCUUCUAAACAACGAAUCCGGCACCUUCGUCGGCCGUGAGCAAUACGGCUACCCCAAGCGUUUCGGAUAUCCUUUCUUCAACAUGGAGACUGGAUCAAACAUAAUAGAGGGCUAUGUCGAGAAGCCGCUUGGGCAGAAGAUCAUCAAAUUCAAUUUCACUCCAUCGAGCAUCCUUCCCACGGAGGACCAGGCUGUCAAGGUGUUAAAUCUUCGCGUCAUUCCCUCGCCGCUGGACGGUCAGCCGCCAUCGGUGAAAGAGCUGGUUCCCGCAGUCAUGGAAAUCAAACCAAAUGAAAUCUGGGUUGGGUCUGGAUCUAUCUCUUUCCCGGAACCUUCUGCGUUUGAUUUUAUGCAUCAACUGGAAAUCCUCCGCUACGAGCCAGCUGUGCUGAUUCGUCGAGCGACGACUGUGCUUCAACCUCCCACUGAAGUGUUUCCGUUGUAA